AUGCUUAGUUUACCUUCACAUUUAGUGAUUCUGGCCAAUAUUGCAGUUGAUACUGUUGUGGUUGUAGAUAUUGGAUAUCAAGAAGCUGUGGUAAAUCCAGUUUGCCACGGUUUUCCAAUGAUCCAAGCUUGGCAAGUACUACCAAUAGGAACUGAAGCUAUACACAACAAAUUGAGAACACUGCUUAGUAGUAACAACACAGAAAUACAAAAUUUAUCAGAAGAAACACUGGAGGAUAUCAAAGUAAGAUCUUGUUUUGUAACAGAAAAAUAG